AUGCCUGGCUUGGCCGUACUGCUGGGCCGAGCCGCUCGCCUCGCGGACGGUGAUGCGCUUCCCGGACCGCGCGCGCGGUCCGCCGGCCAAGCAGUUGAGGCGUUGGGGUCCAGUUCCUCAUCGCGGCCGGCUAUAUCGCGGCCUCGCGAGCAAAGACGCCGGCGUGUCCUCGUGCUGCACACUGACAUGACGGCGCUAGAUUAUGUUUUUGGUCACAGCGGCGAUGUCGUCCUUUUUUUCGCUAAUCAUGCCGGCCGGGAGGAAUCCUCUGGAGGCGCGAGUGGAGGCGCCAACAGCGCUCUAAAACUGCGUGCUCUAACAUGUAAAACAACUUGCUGCUACAUGUACAUCGUACGUACGUCAAUGGACGCCAGCGCUCAUGGCCGGUGGUCCAUCUUCCUGGCGCGCGUGUCUGUCUCGUGGGAGCUCGCUGUCCCAUCGGGCAGGAUCGGGCGCGGUACAAUUUAA